AGGCGCUCGAAACUCGAGACCGGCGGUCAAGACAAGAAGGAGCGAGCAAGUGGCCUUGGCGAAAGUGCGAGUCGGGAACACCGCGCGCUUGAUGCUCACACCGCGGCUUCUGCUUGCCGCCGACCGGAAGUCCACGGUCUGAAUGGGUCUUGUACCCGGCCACGGCCGCUCCUCCCGGUGGACUUGACAGCGGGCGACACUGGAUCUCUGAUCUCGUCGGCUGCCAGGUUCAUGUGGAGGCUCCCGGGCCGCAGCGCGCUUCGUGGGGUCCGGUCGGUGGUGGAGCGACGCAGCCGGGUCGAGGCAGGGACUCACGAGGCGGUGCGCGCCAUGGAGCGCGCGGUGGUGCGCUGUGUGCCCUCGGAGCCCAAGCUCAGCCUGUCUUUCGCGUUGGCCGACGGCAGCCACAAAAACAUGCAGCGGGACCAGAGCGAGCCUCUGGGCCGGGCCCUCAGCCGGAUCGCUACCAACGCCCUCAAGGGACACGCAAAGGUAGCGGCCGCCAAGAAGAGCAGGAAGAACCGAGCCCACUCGAGCGGUGGCGCGGCCUGUGCGGCGACAGGGCCUGAGCCGGUUGCGACCUGCGAGCCGGUGGUGAAGCUGUACUACCGGGAGGAGGCGGUGGCCGAGGAUGUGCUCAAUGUGGACGCCUGGCAGGACGGAGCGGUGCUGCAGAUCGGCGACGUCAAGUACAAGGUGGAGCGCAACCCGCCCACCUUCACGGAGCUGCAGUUGCCGCGCUACAUCAUGGCUGGCUUCCCUGUGUGCCCCAAACUCGGCCUGGAAUUUGGGGAUCCCGCCAGCUCCGUGUUCCGCUGGUACAAGGAAGUCAAACCCGGGGCGGCAGAACCUGGGGACAGCGGCCCCGCGUCCUCGUCUCACUCUUCGCAGCCUUCAGCUUGGAUCGAGACCGGUGUGGACGAGCGCGUCUACACCCCGUGCAAUGCAGACAUCGGGCUCCGGCUCCGGCUUCACUGUACGCCGGGCAAUGGGCAGCGCUUCGGGCCAAGCCGCGAGCUAGAAAGCCUGUGCCCGGUGGAGGCCGGGCCUGGCACCUGCACUUUUGACCAUCGACAUCUGUACACCAAGAAGGUGACGGAGGACUCUUUCAUCCGCACUGUCUCCUACAACAUCCUGGCUGACACGUACGCCCAGACUGAGUUCUCUCGGACGGUCCUGUACCCAUACUGUGCCCCCUACGCCCUGGAGCUUGACUACCGCCAGAACCUCAUACAGAAGGAGCUCACAGGCUACAACGCAGACCUCAUCUGUUUGCAGGAGGUGGACCGCGCGGUGUUCUCCGACAGCCUGGUACCGGCCCUGGAGGCCUUCGGGCUGGAGGGCGUGUUCCGAAUCAAGCAGCACGAAGGCCUGGCCACUUUCUACCGGAAGUCCAAGUUCAGGCUCCUUAGUCAACAUGACAUCUCUUUUCAAGAAGCCCUCAAGUCGGACCCACUGCACAAAGAAUUACUAGAGAAGCUGGCUUUGAAUCCAUUAGCACAGGAGAAGGUCCUCCAGAGGUCGUCUGUCCUUCAGAUUUCAGUUCUUCAGUCUACAACGGACUCUUCGAAAAAGAUAUGUGUUGCUAACACCCAUCUCUACUGGCACCCAAAAGGUGGAUACAUUCGUCUCAUUCAAAUGGCAGUAGCCUUGGUUCAUAUUAGACAUGUCUCACGUGAUCUCUAUCCUGGCAUACCAGUUAUAUUUUGUGGCGACUUUAAUAGUACACCAUCAACAGGCAUGUAUCAUUUUGUCAUCAAUGGCAGCAUUGCAGAGGAUCAUGAAGACUGGGCUUCCAAUGGGGAAGAGGAGAGAUGCAGCAUGUCUCUCACACACUGUUUCCAACUGAAGAGUGCUUGUGGUGAGCCUGCUUACACAAAUUAUGUCGGUGGCUUUCACGGAUGUCUAGAUUACAUUUUCAUUGACUUAAAGACUUUAGAGGUUGAACAGGUGAUCCCAUUACCUAGUCAUGAAGAAGUUACCACCCACCAGGCCUUACCUAGUGUUUCUCAUCCUUCUGAUCACAUAGCACUUGUAUGUGAUUUAAAAUGGAAAUAGAUUUUACUUCACUAACUCUGAAAGGAAGCUAGGAACUUUUCAAAAAAUGUAAUAUGAAACAAAGCUCAUAUAUAAACCUUCAAUGAGGCAACACUAGACUUAACGGUCAUUCCCUACUGGUUAUGUUCCAGACGGCUUCGUUAUAGAACUAAUUCAUCUUUGCAUCAUAUAAUAUCUUUAUCCUCUUUUUUUAAAUUCCCUACAUUUGGAGGAAAACAUAUUUAUGACUAGCAAGAAUAAAAUUGAAAUAUUGUGUACAUUUUAUAAGUUUUUUUAAGCUGGUAAUUAAGAUUUUUAAGUACUAUUUGAAUAAUCUCAAUUUUUCUUUCACAGCACAUUUUACAUUGAAUUAUGUUAAUAUAAUUGGGGAAGGAGGGGACAUGUAGGUAAAACGUGAGAGACUUCAGAGACACAUGGAAUACAUUAGUCUGUCACUACCUCAAUUUGGUUAGAAUUUAUUAUAAUUUUGGAGCUUUAACAAAAGAUUAAAAUGUACCAUUACCAAUUCUUUUAGCUUCUUCCUUUUUCAGUUAGGAAGGUAUUUUCCUUCUAGCAUUGUUUUCCAGUGUACAAAUGACGGUUCAAAUGCAUCUAAUUUGUCUUCUCACUUGCACUUCAGCUCAUUUUAAUAGUAGGAUACAAGCACAAAAGAGUAUUCAAAGGGACCGGGGACAUGACUUGAUCCCUUGCCUUUGCUCUUACUCAUAAAAUAUAAGCACACAGGGAAAGGGGGAAUCAGGCGUGGUGCUUUAUAGCUGUAAUCCUAGACUCAGGAACCUGAGGCAGGACUGCUUCGAGGUCAGUUCUGGUCUGGGUUACACAGUUCAAGGCCAGCUUGGGCUACAUACAUAGGGAAAAAGGGGACAGUGGGUUUUUGUCAAUAUCUGAAAUAAACUUUUUAUAGAUGUAAGCAUUAUAGCUUGAGGAACAGAACAGUGCCACAUAAUUUAUAUAAGAAAUUUUAAGAUGAAGCCAACAUUUGAAAUUGCAAGCUGGGUUGAUUAGUACCUAGUUUAGAUGCUUUACUACAUUUGUUCUCUCCACGUCUUCUUCUUGGUAAUGCUUUAGCUGUUGCUUUGUCAUGUCCAGGUUUAACUGUAGCACAAGCAUAGCUUUCUGCACUUAAUUUCUAGCAUAGAUAAUAAAGGCCUCUUAUACCUCAAAAAGAGGUCUUAUUUUCCAGUCUUCAAAUUAUUUAAUCUGUAAAUCCAUUUUUCCCCAUAUUCUUCUAAUGUGAUCUGUGUUUUCCAUAUUCUGUUAUCAGAUACUCUUAGGUUAGUAAGUCUGAAAAAUAUAAGCAUUUCAUUUGCACUUCACAUUGAAUCUUUAUUCAAAUUAUUUAAAGGGAAACAUAAGGUGGCAGUUUCUUGGGAUGCUUAAAAUAAAAAAAGCUGAUGAAAAGUUGAUGUUACCAAAUUGUGCCUUCAUAAAUAUGGUAGUUUCUCUUCCCAAGGGUCAAAUUCAGGGCACUCAGUUAUAUUCCCAGCCAUGUACAUGCCACUUUUGAGAGCAUUUUAGUGGCAGUUUAUAUAGUCAGAACUAGUUCUUUUGCAAAAUAUUAUUUCAGUAUUAUUUUAUUUCUGUGUUGCUGGGGAUUGAACCCAGAACCCUGAGCAUGCUAACCAUGCUUAGUACUACCAAGCUGCAUCAGAGCUACAACCCUCUCCAAAAUUGGUUUUGUUUUGCCUUCAGAUAACCAUGUUGACAAACUUACAUGAACUCUUCAGGAAUUAACAGUAAUUUACUCAGCAAGAAGUGAGCAUUUUGAAAGAAAAAUGUUUGUAAUUCAUACCCAUGCAUUGACCUCCUGCAUUAACUCCGUGGCGAAAUUGAACUGUGAUUUACCAAACAUACCAUGUCCUAAAUCCUUAAAUUUGAUAUUUGUGGAUUAAAUGGUAUAGUCAGAUUAUAUACAGAUAUUUCAGGAUAUUCUGAUAAUGAAGUGUAAAGAUCUGACUCCAGCUUACAGGUGUGCAAAGGUAGGAGCACUGCACAAACUCUAUGAAGAAACUUAUUUGUACUUAGGACAGGACAAGGUGUUGAUCAGAAGUGUUUAAAGUUGUCUUCGUGAUUGAAUUUUUCUAUUAGUUUUGAAAUUUUUAGUAUUUAAUGAUUCUGAGAACUCUAGCAACUUUGUGGCAAACCACAUUUAUGUCACAAGUUCUUCGUAAAGGAAAUGUGAAUAUUUUAGAGUAUGUUAUUCUGUUAAAAUCAACUCUUAAAGUUGUCCCAGUAACACUAACAGUUUGCAGUUCAUUAGCAAAAAUAUCAUUUCUGGCUACAGUAUCUUUUCUUUAAAGUUCUAAAAUGUAAAAUCUCUAUAUUGUAAGGGAAGAUAAAAUUUGUAGUAUUCAUCUUAAAACUCAGUAGGGAAGUCUUCUGAAAUACGGCCAACACCAAUUUUCUAAACACUAUUUAAAAAUGUGUUUGAAACCCUUUUGCUCAGCAUACUUGCAGGAAGUAUUAUCUUGAUUUCAUUUGUAGAGAGGAUAAGGGCUUUCACUUAUAAAGUAAGUUCUGUGGCCCUGAUUUCUAAGAAAUAUGCCAUUUCUAGUAAGUGGUGAUGAGUUGUAUUACCUGGGUAAAUUUUAGCAUUACAAUACAACAAUACUGCAUUCUGAUUACAAUACAAAAGCUAACCAUUUAAAUGUAUACAGCCUAGUUGUAUUUAAUACAUUCACUGUUGUGUAACUGAUUCUAAGGCAUUUUCAUCACUUCAAAAGGAAAGCCUAAAUUAUAUCCUCAUUCUCUACCAGUAUAGACAUAUCAUCUGCCAGUUCUGAUAUAUCUGUCUGUAUUGACUGGAUGUUUUUCAAGCUUAUCUGUGUAACAGUAUGUACCAAUACUUCAUCUUUUUUACACAUUUUCUACUGCAUGGAUAAUACAUCUUGCUUAUGUGAGCAUUUGGAUUGGCUAGUUUGCUGUUGUGAGUAGUACUGUGGAGAUUGGAACAUCCUCUUUUUGUUAGUACUAGGGAAUCAAACCCUGGGCUGGUGUAUGGACUGCUCUGAGCUGCACACCCAGUCCAAACAUCUGUUUUCAGUUCUUUUAGAGUAUAUAAUUUGGUGAAUUGCUGGGUCAUAAUUCUCUGUAGCUUUCUGCAGCAGUGCCAUACUUUCCCACAGUGGCUACACUAUCCUAAACCUCCCUCACUGUUAUAUACAGGUUCAGGUUCCCUCCAUCCUCACAAAUUAUAUCCAUUUUUUGAACAGCCAUCCUAGUUAACACUUCAGUGACACACUUUGAACUUUGGAAUUGCAGUUGUUGCAGUCACAAGCAAGCUUAUCUUAAAAUACAGCUUAUCAGACCUCUUCCCAGAGCCACCUUCAGCAGCUGCUACUUAUUUUUAUGAUUUUUGUGCCAAGUAGGAAAGGUUUUACUGCUUCCUUUAAAGAAAACUGAAUAUCAAAGUUAAAAAUACAACCUUGACUAUAAAGAAUUUUGGUAAAGGCCUAAGACCUGCACAACAAAAGGCCAUACUUCACGCUUCAGCAAUUGCAGAGAACUUACUUUAAAAUCUAAAAGGUACAGAUUAGCAGAUGGCAAGAAUGGCUAAGUUUUGAGAAAAUUAGAUGGAUAUAAUUGAGUAUAAUUUAUAAUAAUAAAUUAUGUAUAAUCAUUGAAAGUUCAAGCUAUUCUAGUUUUUUUUUAAAAAACAUCUCUAAAUUCAAGCUAACGUAAACUUUAAGCCAAUAAACUUAAGCUGGCAUUUACCCUGUUAAAUAAGAGGUAGGGAAAAUAUUACUUGACCACUUAAGGUAGUGUAUUAAUAAUACAGAUGCUAAAAUUUAAUUUAUAUAGAGGCUAAUUUUAAACAUUAAACUUAUCAGUUGAACUGGUUGAUACCAUCCACUAUAUAACUAUUAAUAGUGACAUUGUAAACAGUAAACCUGAGCCUGAAAAGACCACUUGUUCUUCCAAAGGACCCAGAGUUCAUUUCCCAAGACCCACAUGGUGGCUCACAACCUUUUGUAACUCCAGGUCCAGGGGGCCCACAUCCUUAACUGGCAUCUCUGGACUCCAGGAAUGCAGGCAAAACACACUAUACCUGUAAACUUAAAAAUCACCAAGAAAAAAAUAAACAAAAACUAGAUAAACAACCGUGGAAGCAGUCGGUUCAGCUUUUCAGCUUCCAGUCUGAUUAUUCUGAUGGGAAUCUCUUGAUUUGUCAAAACCCAAGCUCUGCAAUGUUUUGUGGGUUUUUCCUGAGGGUUUUUCUAUGUAGGCCAGGCCGAGAUUUGCCUCCUAGUGUGAGGAUUAAGGGUGUGUACUACCACCACUUGGCUCUGAAAUACUUUUUUUUUUUAAUUGUUCAUUUUUGGGCGUGAUGGUGCAUGCCUUUGGUCUCGAAGGCAGAGAGGCAGGUAGAUCUCUGAGUUCAAGGCCAGCCUGGUCAGAAUUACAGGCUGACCAGGCCUGUUACCAUGUUUUGAAAAACAAAAACAAUUUCUUUCGGACACUAAAAAACUAUCUCCAUCAUAUAUCCAUUUUGUGGUGAAUUUAAGCCUAUUUCAUCUGGCAACUCUCUCAUACCCUGGAGAGUUGCCAUUGCACAUUUCCUUAGGAUACUGAAAUAGUUGUAGGUUGCAUUUUUGCUAGUUUGUAUGUGCUUCCUAGAACUAUUGGGGUUGAUUCCGUAGGGAACUUGACAGUUUAGUUGACUUUCUUAUAUUGAAAAGGCACUUUAAAAAGAAUUUAUCGCCGGGCAUGGUGGCGCAUGCCUUUAAUCCCAGCACUCAGGAGGCAGAGGCAGGCGGAUUUCUGAGUUUGAGGCCAGCCUGGUCUACAAAGUGAGUUCCAGGACAGCCAGGGCUACACAGAGAAACCCUGUCUUGAAAAACAAAGACAAAAAAAGAAUUUAUCAUACAUAAAGCAUUAUUGCUAACCAUACAUCCAGACAAAGUGACAUAGAAAAUACUCUGUAUUUUGACAGCUGUUAAAGGUGGCACAUAGCAGUAAUCCUAGCACUUGGGAGGUGGAAGUAGAUGAAUCCAUUCAGUGUCAUCCACAGCUGUUUAGUAAGUUGGAGGCCAGCCUGAAUUAUGAGACUGACAGUUAAAAUAAAAUUGGGUUAAUAGUAGUGUUACAGAUUAUCUAAAACAAAUUACAUAACCCUUUCAUAUUUCCCACCAUCCUAAUCUUUCCCUAUUCUUAAACUGGUGGUGGUAACUUUAAGAGCUUUUGGUAUUUGAAUGUCAGAAAAAUCCUACUUAAACGUAGUUACUCCGUUUGCUCGGGCAACCCCUUUACCUGUCUCCAUGAAAUGUCUAUUUCGGACUUUCAUAAAUACGUACUUCAGAAAACAUGUAUUUUGUGACUGGCUUCUUUUCACUUAGGCUGUUUAGGUAUUUCCAUGUUGUAGCAUCAGUACUGGGAUUUUUAAAGAUGAAUUUUCCAUUGUUAGGCUAUACUAUAUUUCAUCAAUCUACUUGUAGGUUAAUGGACAUUCAUACUGCUUCCACAAAUAAUUUUUCUGUCUUUGUGUACAAUUUCUGUGUGGGUGUUUUCAUUUCUCUUGGGCAUUCCUCUUCCACAGGGGCAGAACUGUUGGGUCAUGUGGAAACAACUUACCUUUUGAGAAAAUGCUAGGUUACUGAAAGCAGGUGCAUCUCUACCAGCAAAACCUGAGGUUCUGAUUUUUACACAUCCUCAACACUUUUUACUUUUUAAUUUACAUUCCUCUUUCCUCUAGGGAACAUGAGUUCCCUACUUAUAAGACUCCAAAUGGAUUCCUAAAACAGCAUCAUACCCUGUAUCAAUCUUGUGUGUGUGCAUACAUACUUAUGAUAGUUUAACUGAUAUAAGUACAAUAUACUAAUAAGAUAUAAGUUAUUUAAAGCCUAAUUCUUUUUAAACCUUCCAUUUAAUUUUUAAAACAUGGUGGAACAUAAGGACUGAAAUUGUGGAAAGUGAACAUGUAGACAGAAUACCAUACAUGUCUAUUUGAAUGGUAAUACAUUUGGACAAAAAACGAACCACUGUUAACUAAAGCCAGAACAGUUCCUAAGAGCUAGUACUGAGUGCCCAGUGAAACUGAAUGCACACCACUCGUUUGCAGAGUAGAAAUUGCAAGUUGCAAGGGAACCUAGUUUCUUUUCUUCUACUGUAAACACUGACUGAGAAGGCAGUUGCUGUUUACUGAGUUUGUUAACUUAGUCACUUAAACAUGUUACAUGGACUACAGAAAUAACCUUGUUGGGGCUGGAGAGAUGGCUCAACGGUAAGAGCACUGACUGCUCUCCCAGAGGUCCUGACUUCAGUUCCCAG